AUCAGCUCACCAGGCUGAGCUGAGCGCUUCCAACUUCAUCAAUGUUUGUUGGCGCGUCGUUUCGCAUUUCCAAAAGAUGUCGGGAAUCGAGGUGGCUGGCCUGGUGCUUGGAGCCUUUCCACUCGCGAUAGAGGCCCUUGACAGAUAUAGAGAGGUUGCGACUCGUGCGGGGCUAUUCUAUCAGAUCAAGUUAAAGCACAGACAAUGCAGAAACCGUCUUGAACGUGAGAAGCUUGUAUAUACUGGGAACUUGAAGCAACUUCUCUUACCCAUGGUCGUCGACGAUGAGAAGAUCACAGAGAUGCUUUCUAACCCAGGUGGACCGAGUUGGAAGGAUGAAGCCACAUCAGAACUCCUCAAGACAAGGCUCAAGGAUGCGCACAACGCCUAUAUGGAUUGUAUCGAAAAUAUGGACGGCGUGAUGAAGGGGUUAAUACACGAGCUCGCACUCGACUCCAAUACUAUCACCAAGAGCCUAAAGGCACCGAAACUAUCAACUAAGGAACGAUUGAACAACGUCAUGACGAAGACUGGAUUGGAAUACCAAGCUUAUAAGAUCAAGUUUAGUAACGGCGAAAGCGCACGGAAUAAUCUAUUUAAGGAGCUCAGUGAAUGCAAUAAGAGCCUGGAGCAGCUGCUAGGAAUUAGCGACAAGGAAACACAACUCCUCCAAGAAAGACAAGCGAACACAGUCGCAUCCGCGAUCGACUCUGCCAUAUGCAACUUCUGGGUAAACGCCAAUAGGCUUUUCGAGGCUCUUGCUACUGCAUGGCAAUGUUCUUGCCAAGGACAACAUUCUACGAGAUUACUGCUUCAACACCGAGAGACUAAAACUUCCGAUUUCAAGUUAUUAUUUGCUAAAGCAGAAGAUUCGAAAUGGAGGAUACGAGAAACUAAGAUAACGGAAGAAGACGAGCUGGCGCCCGAAGCGGUGAGGAAUAAGAGCAAGAAUGUCGCGUUCCAAGCAGCGGACCCUCACCAACCUCCCAGUGCAGUAAAACUGCCGAGGAAAUCAGCGUUAAAGUCUAGUAUGAAGACGACGACGACAACAAUGGUGACGCAUAGGCCAGCUCCAUCGGUAACCCUUAACACGGGGAUAGCAACACUUCCCGAACCAACCACGAAACCAAUAGAAAAUCUUUGCGACUCGCUGAACGACGUCACAGCUUCUUGCUACGGCUAUCUUCCCCAUGAAGAUUGCCGAUACUAUGUUUAUAAAGUCUCCGACAAAAAUGCCGCGACAUUUAACUCGAUAACACUUGACCAAAUUUUCCGAGGACAAAUCUCAAAACCCCCUAAUCGCCGACAACGCCUAGCUCUAUCCUUUAUUCUAUCAUCUUCAUUUCUUCAACUGCUUAACACCCCAUGGCUUAGUGUUUCCUGGGCUAAGUCUGACAUUACAUUUAUGAUGGAUCCCGCUGAGCCAGGGACAUACGCGCUGGACCGACCCCACCUAGUAUACAGCGAUCUUGCGGCAAGAGGCGGUCAGACACAAUCCGACGAGGACAUAACCAAAUCUCUUCGUCAGUUAGGUAUCGUUCUUUUAGAGCUCUGCUUUGGGAGACUUUUAGAAGACCAACCGUGUCGGAAAAAGUUUCCAUCGGUAGACGAUGAGGCAGUCAAAUUCACAUUAGACUUAGCCGCGGCUUUGGACUGGCUUCAAGAGGUAGAAGGGGAGGAAGGUCCGGAUUAUGCAUCUGCUGUCGGGUGGUGUCUUGUGGCUACACGGCCCGGCCGAUGGAGGCAGGAGAUGCUGCGUAAAGUUGUGAAACCGUUGGAAGGGUAUCAUCAAUUUUUCGUCUCAAAGUCCUAAUAGAUAGGGUAUAAGAAACGGUUUAAUUUUCAGGCCAACAUAUGCAUCGAAGUCGAAGUGCCGGGAAGGGACUUAACACCAUUAUCAGCCCAUGGAAGAGUUACAUACUUAUUAGGAGCCUAGAAAAUUUUAUCAUAUAUAUAUUAUCAUUCGGAAUGACCAGUGCGGUGCCAUGACCAAUUCUUUGUCC